GGCGCUUGUUGUGAAACCGUCAAAGAUCUGUCAAAAAUUCAAACAUCAAUCAAAUGUGAUGCAAAAAACUCGAAAAAUCAUCACUUUUGUGCGUUAAAUGUUCACAAAAACCAGAAAAUGGAACAAGUGCGACUGUUAGUGCAAGAACAGGGACGUGAAGCUAGGAAUCUUCUUACUUUCAACAUUUCGCCCUUCAACGACAACUUUGGAAGCAAGGUUUCGCGAAAACCUCCGUGUCCGCCCAGGAUUUCUGAAACUCAACCAAACGUGAAACUUAACAUGGGGGUCCGGCCAAGGACUGGGGCCAGGGUCCGAUCUGCUUCGACUGGAAGAGACAAGAGGUCUGAACUGAGGGCCCGCUAUUGGGCGCUGCUCUUCGGAAACUUACAGAGAUCUAUUGCUGAGAUUUACAACACCGUAGAAACCCACGAAAGUAUUACCGAAUGCCAAGAAGUAUUACUAGUUUUAGAGAAUUAUUUAAGAGAUUUCAAUGCCUUAGCCGAUUGGUUCCGUCUCAAAUGGGACUACGAAAACACCCCACCUUUGCAAAGACCAACGUCCCUCACUUGGGACAUCUGCAAAACCAAUCUAACCAAAAGCAACAAUCGUUCGGGCAAAUCAAGUCCCAAUGUAGGUUCUGGACGCAACAGUCCCAACGUAUCGGGCAAAGUAAGCCCUAGAAUUCUAUCCACAAAAAUAAAAGGCUCAACUUCGGCACCAACCAGUCCUUUACCAUCCAUAGACCAGCCUAUAAUAGAAGGCAAAAUCAUAGAAACACCAACAUUCAAAAAAAUGGAAAGCGUAGACACUCAAACCACGCCUGAAGACGUCGAAACCAAACCCGAAACUAAGACGGCGGAAAGCCAAACCGAGAACGAAGAAAAAAGCGAACAGCCGAAGGCUGUCAAGUCGCCUCUAGCAAAAAGAAAACUUGGAGAACCUAACACCAGCAAAACCCUUGAAACUAAACCAAAACCCGCCCUCACUAAACCCAAAGAAGCAAAAACCACCGGUCUUCUAAUGAAAAAAGACGCUUCUAAGCAAGUCAAACCGAAAGUCGACACCAACAAACCCAAAACUCAACUCAAGAAAAGCACUGAAGAUGUCGCACAAAGUGUGGAGAAAAUCGACGAUGUUAACGAAUCUCCUGAAGAAACUCAGGCACAAACUAUAGAGAAAAGCACUAGCACUGAAGAUUUCCCCAAAUUACCGUCGACGAAAAAAUCUUCCGAAAAAGUAAGCCAGGAAUCUCAGACCGACGAAACCGAAAAGAAAAUUUCGAGUCCGGUUAACAAGGUGACGAAAGUCGAACCUAAGGUUACUAAGCCUGUGACGGCCACCACAAGACCGGCUUACUCUACAGCUUUGACUAAAAGCUUUUCGGCGAAAGCUGUGACGACCGUGAAACCUAAAGUCGAGGUUAAAGUAGCCGUGAAACCGGUUGUUAAACCGAUGAAACCGGUUAGUGCUAGAACUUCCGCUGUGGUACCCGUGCGGGCAGGUUUGGCCAGGAGUAAGACUGUUGGUGAUAUGAAGAGCGUCAAAACGGGGUACGACAAGCCUAAAGUCAUGUCACGGUUCGAAACUCACUCGAGAUUUUCUCUAAAUAAACAAAAAUCGGGACCUGUACUUGCUAAAAGUAAGACAACUUUGACUAGAGAGCACUUUAAGUCGGCUUCGCUUAACGAGUAUGCCAGUUCUGUGGAAACUUUAGUCAAUCAAGGGAAAAGUACUGAGAAUAUUAUGGUUACUAAUUCUAGUAAUAGUAUCGCUAGUUCUUCAGAAACUCUUAAUAAUGAUAAUACGAAGAGCGAUAAUUUGCACUCGGAUGGAUGGUUGACGGUUAAGUGUCGUUCUAGAUUCAAGAAUAGUAACAAUAAGUCACGCAGAUCCGACACUGCACUGACUUGGGCUACUAGAUUCCAUCAAGUCAGUGCAACUGCAAGUCUCCCUGCACUAGCCCUUCUGCCCGAAAACAACGAAGGUACUAAAACUCCAAAGUGCAUUGACAAAAGUGUCAAAGAAAACUUAAACACUUUCAAGUCUUUGAAAGACCAAGGGAAAAUGCCCUUGCGACGAUCUCACACUACGUUAAGUAAAUUAACGAUCUCGAAAAACUCCAUCCUUGAAAAGAACAAAACCAAUCUCCAUAUUAAGAAGACUGCAGAAGAAAGACGGAUGAAGGUAUCGGAUAUCGAUUCGGAGACCGACGACGAAGCGAAAUUCAACCUACAAGAAGACUCAGCGACUGAGGAAGAGCACAGGAAGAAAGCGAAACAGCUAUCCGAAGAAGAAGACCGUCUGAAUAAGGAAAUCGAACAACUGAAAUGCUUGGAAAUUGAAGUUGAUACAGAGACUGAUGGAACUGAGACUGACGGUGAAUGGCAGGGUGAUAAUGAAGACGUCCAUUUACAACCGACGAACGAAGAAGACGACUCUAUGUCUCUAGAGGCCAGAUAUGAACCUAUGUUGGCAGCCAUGUCGUGGAGCGACCGAAUUGACACAUUGGCAGCUUUGGAAGAUUUGAACGCGCGACACCCGGGAAGGGCUUUGGAGCUCCACCAGAAGUUGUCGAAUCCAGCGAGGAAGAUUAGUUUGACUGAAGCCAUUAAGAAGUAUCAGGCCAAACAAGCUCGGGCUCAACAACGCCGCCAAGACCUCCAACAAGAAAAAGCCCAAAAACUCCACGCCUUAAUUUGUCGCGUGGAAGACGUCAAAGCAGCUAAACUCCAACUCAUCGAGGAAAAAAAGAAACGCAUGGAAUCGCGUUUGCAGAAAGCCACCCAAAACCGGCGACGCUACAUCAAAGACAUAAUAAAGAAAGCGCACGACGAAGAAGAGAAACUGAAAGAAAUCGCCUUCAUCAAUGAACUAGAAGCCCAAAACAAACGUCACGAUUUCUUGCAGUCGUGUCGUGAGCAGCGCGGACGCAUCCAGGGGUUGAAAGAAGACAGGAAGAAGAAGCUUGAGGAGAAGGCGGCCAAAGAGGCCGCGGUGGAAGAGAGACGAAAGGCGCGCGAGCGCGAACGGAAGGAGCGCUUGGAUCGUCUGAAGGACGAGCGUAGGCAGAGGGAUGAGAGGAUUUUCCAGCAGCAGCAGCAAAGAGAGAGGGAGCGGCAGGAACUCGCGAGGGAGAAGGCUAGGGAUAGGGAAGAGAGACUGUCGGCUCUUCACGCCCAACAGCUGGCGUCCACGCAAGAGUUGCAGAAGCGGAUCGAGCAAAAGCAGGAGGAGUCGAAGCGGCGGCACGAAGAAAAUAUGGAGCAGAUCAGGCAGAAGGCGCUGGAAUUGUCGAUACAUCGGUGUCACAACGAUGAUGACCAAGCGCCGAAUAGCACACCCUACCCGACGCAGAAGUUCUGCACGGUUUGCAAUACUUUGAUUAAAUCCGAAGUUUACUUAAUGAGCCACCUCCGCGGCCGCGCCCACCAAGAAGCCGUCAAGCAGGCCAAUCCGGGCUCAGCGGUCCUAACCAGCAACGAACUCGAACAAUACAAUCUCAAACAAAUCGUGGACGCUCCUGCUGGUAAAGAAGAUCCUAAAGUCGUAGCGGCGAAAGAACGCAGCAAAACGCACAAGAAGCGCUGUAAGAAGAUCAGACAAAGAAUGGUGAUCAAGGGGGCCGAGUAUGAAACUUCUUAUAAGCCUCAUACUGUUGACUGCGCCAAUAAGAGGAGUCUUAAUAGGAGUGUGAACACAAUCGGCUCUUUAACUAAUCAAGCUAGUCAAGGCUUAUCUCCGGCCAGUUCUAGUCAGUUAGACAGAAUACUUAACGAGCUAACAAGGUUGUUGAAUAAAGGUGUGGAUAAUGAUUUCAUCAUGUUCCAGAAUGUUGGGGGAUUUACUGUUUUGGGGAAGUUGUUAACUAUGGGGCAAGAGUCUAAUAAUACUUCGAUAUCGCUGAAGACGUUGAUAAUUUGUUGUAAUCUAUGGCAGAUUGCCUGUAAGGGCCCGAAUGGUUCGGCUAAUUGUGAAUAUGUUGUUUUGUCGAACCGACUUACGCCUGCCAUCGACUUUCUUAAUAUGAGGUUGCAGAGUUUGGGAUGUUCGGAGGACGUGCCGCCAGCGGAUAGUUUGUGUGCUGCUUUGAUGCAGCUGCUGGCCACGGUGCUGAGGAAUACGCCGAAGACAGUGCCGGCGCAUAGGCUGCAGGAUAUCGUGAGCUUUUGCGUGUGUGUCGGCAUCGUCGAGCAGCUUGCCCAAUGUUGCCUGGCGGUGCGAGGGCCCGUGUACGACGUCCCUCCGGCCUGUCUCUUCCUGUUGGCCGCUCUGGAGUUCCUGGCCGCUUUGGCGGAUCAUUGUCCGGAGGAUUCGGAUCCUACGCAUCUAGUGAGUACCCUCCACGGUACCGAGCUGCUCGGCGCCGUCUCCAUGCUCUACGGCACGCUCCUGCCCCCGGACUCCUCUCCGCGCGUCGAGGGGCAGUCGCCUCCGAUCAUCCCCGCCCCCUGCCUCGGUUUAGCCACCGCCACGUUCAAGCUUCUCCGCCGCAUCGCCGAACUAGAUCUGAUCAAGUUCCAGGAAGUGCUCGGUGCCGAGGGUAUCUCGUUACAGUUCCGCCACAUCGCCAGCCAUUUGAUCUGGUGUUGCGCCCUCCCCACGAUCGCAGCCUCUCCGAAAAGCAACGGGAAGGACGCCGCUGCGGAAGCAGGUGCCCAUCAGGAUCUCCUCCACGAAGUCGUAGCCGUCACUGGCUACUUCGCCGUGGAAAAUAACGAGAAUCAGAUGUUGCUAGUGAGCGGCCAACCCCCUUCGGUCCUUCAGCAGCUCUGCUCUCUGCCUUUCCCCUAUUUCUCGGUGGAGACGCUUUCAAAUGUACUUUACCCAACCUUGUUAGCUUGCUGUGUUGGAAACGAGCACACCACAGCGAUACUGAAGCAGGAGCUAUCUUACAACAUUCUAGAGGAUUUUCGGAAGUCGGGAUCGGGUCAGCAGCACCGGUUGGUCAAACUUCUGGACAGAACCCGCCCUUAAACCUUCGUGCAAUUUAUUUUUAAGGCCGAUUCCAUUAGUCACUAGAAAUAAUAAACUAACUAGCCCUUCCAGGGCGCACUAAUAUUUUUCCAUUAUGUGUCUAACAGUGUACUGAUUGACUUAAUGCACUUUAAAACAGUUAGCUUGGCUUCAUUUAGUUUCGAUGUGAUUGUAUUUUUGAGAUUAUGAUGUGAUCGUGGUAAAUAUUAUAUUUUUAGGUAAUCAUGUAGCUUUUCUAUAAUAUAAUAACGAUGAAAGAAGUGAA